AUGUCCAAAAUCACGGAUCAACCACCAAAGCGUGUCAAGGUCACUUUGGCAUGUACCAUUUGUCGCAAAAAAAAGGUCAAAUGUGAUGGUAUUCAGCCUACAUGUUCUCGAUGUCAAUCGAUUGGAAUUUGCUGUCAAUACUCUGAUCCUCCCAAGAAGAGAGGCCCUCCCAAAGGCUACGUCGAAGUGAUUGAGAAUAGAGCACACCGAAUCGAGUCCAUUCUAAGCACUACAAAUCAACAGCCAUUACACCAACAGAUUCAGCAACAGCCAUAUCCGCAUAGCAACGUGCAUAGAAACCAAUAUCACCAUAGAAACGGCACCAGCGCUACCCUUAACAUCACCCCCACCACCACCCCCACCACCAAAAACAGCAACAAUACGACAUCAGUGGAUACCAUCAACAAGAAGCAGCAACUAAUUAAAGAUCCUGUUAACGCAUUACUUUGUUUAGUUGCUGGUGCAGUAGAUUCUGUCCUCCAGCAAGAGGGGGCAGCCACUCAAUUGGUACACGGCAGCAAUGGCAUGAUGUACGCUUUUUUAAUGAAUACAAAUGUGCUUCAUUUGCAAGAACAAUUGAAGCACAUUUCUACCGUGGUCUGGACCGAGAAUUUCUUUACUCAUUUCAACUUUAUGUUUCCAAUUCUCUCAAGACCUCAAUUUCAUUAUCAACUUGAGCACAAAGAGUUGAAUCCCAUGUUGAAACUGGCUGUGUUUCUUUUGGGAUGUCGCUUGAGUAACAAUCAUCAAGAUGUGCAACAAGAAAAGACCUUGUAUCAACAGUUCAAUGAUCUCUUUGCUAGCGCGUCUCAUGAUGAUAGUAUGAAGGCUGAUCUAUCCACGGUGCAGGCCACAGUCAUCAUGUGUUGGUAUACAUAUCUAGCUGGUGACAUGCAAAAUUGCCACACCCUGCGUCACUACCUGUCUGUUGUCAUUCAUCAACUGAAAUUGGAUCAUGAAUCAUCCAACGAUAAGCAAGACAUUUACCAGACUGAAAUGAAGAGACGGGCUUUCUGGGUCUCCUUUGUCAUCGAUCAGUGGUUAGCCAGCUGUACAGGUGGAAGUACAUUGAUUAGCAAGCAGCACAAUGUCAAAUAUCCUCAAUUGGAAGACAAUCAGCUAUUUGCUCUUUCAUCGUCCUCUCAACACCAGCAUCAUGCUCACAUAUCCUAUCUUUCUGUUGAAUCUGCUCUUCAAAUCAACUCAUUCACUGAAAUGAUCCGACUUGUCCAUAUUGUAAGCGACAUUUGCGAUGGUGUGAAAUCACAGUCUGCAUUGGAGUCCAAUUUGACCGGCUGGCUACUGCAAUUACCUUCCUAUCUCGACUACGGUAAACUCAACGAAGACGCCUCACCCUCUCCUAUCGCCAAGAUGUACCGCAUACUGUAUUAUACUGUCCAAAUCAUGCUAAAUAAAACAAGACGGCAUCAACUGCAAGGUCUGAGCAGCAGUAUCUGUACAACUGCUGCAAAUACACUGGUACACAUUUCAGAGCAAAUGCUGGAAAAGGGCCAAGAAAAGUAUCUGCAUAAUGUCUUCUUCUUAUCACUGACUUUGGCAACAUCCAUCCAUCUGGACAAUACCAUCUGCAACAGCAAAGAUAACAAUGCGCCUGAUAAGAUCAAUCUCUGCAAAAGCAUAUCGCUAAUCAAGGAAACCAAUUGCAGCUUGCUUGCUCGCGCUGAUUUCGAGCGUUUACUGGACCACUUUCUGGUAGAUCGAUGCCAUAUUGUGCUGGAUUUUGGGUAUCCCUCACCCACGCAUUCUGCUUCUCUAUCUCCUCCCACAAGCAAAUCAGUGAAGAAUGCCAACAACAAACGUGUAUAUGUCGAAGAGCAAGAUGAGCAACAAGAACAAGAGAAAGCGCUACUAGCAUCUCCGUCUUCCAGUAUAUCCACUACACCCGACUACAACACCAUCAUCACGACUGACUACUACAAUACACAGCAGCAGCAUUUUGACAUCAAUGAUAUAUUUCCCGUCAUCUUGGAUGAGCAACAACAAAUUGUCGAUACCAACACAUCAAACCAAACUAGCUGGCCUGCCUGGGUUGAUUUCUUUGAUACUAUUGAAUCAUCAACUACAUGCUCACCAGCAUCGUACUUCACACCAACGCAAUCACCAGCGUUGCCACUCAAUCUCAAAGAUGAGGAUACAAUGUCCUUUGACAUUCUUUCAGACCAGCAAUUUUUCAACACAUUUCCAUUGAUCUAG